GGCAUCCGUAGAGUAGUGAUGCGCACGCGCUUUGCGAGGCGUGGGUAGCAUGUGGCUAAUAAGCAGCUGACUGCACAUGUUUCUUCAUCCGUACACAUGACAGUGACGUUCUGUUGAAAUAUAACAUGGCAAAGACACAAAAUACAAGACACAUUAAAAGCCAGCACAGCAACACAAAAGAAGAUGACACGUCUAGUAAAAAUGGGCGGCCAGAAGAGAACACAGAAGUGGAGACGGGACACAAGGAGAGAGGAGGUGAGCGAGUAAACAGGAAACGAAAAGCAGACCCUGCCUCUGAUCCUUCCCUAUCCAAGAAAACCAAACCCAGCAAUGAUGGGUUUUGCCUUUUUGUUGGAAACCUGAACGUCACCAAAACAUCUGAGGAAAUCAAACAUUCCCUGAUGAAGUAUUUCACGAUGCAAAAUCUGCUGUUUCAGGACAUCCGAUUGGUAAAGUCCAGGAAACAUGCGUUUGUAGAUAUGGCCUCAGACAUGGACCUGACCAAAGCUCUGGGAUUGAAUGGGGAGGAAAUCCUUAAUAAGCCGAUAAAGGUUGCUAAAGCAAAAGUUAAAAGCAACAACGAAGGGAAAGUGAAAGCUUCACCUUUGGACAAGAAAGUGAAAGACGGCAGAUGUUUGUUUCUGAAGAACGUCCCGUACAACGCAACGGAAGAAGACAUCCGAAAAGUUUUCCGCAGAGCCAUCUCAGUUCGCUUUCCUGGUGGAGCUAAAAGUCCAACCCAAGGCAUUGCCUUUGUAGAGUUUAAAAAUAAAGCCGUCGCCAAGGAAAUGCUUAAGAAAAAACAAAAAGCUCAGAUUAAAGGCCGGGAUUUGAUUGUGGAUUGUGUACGACAAAGAGAUGUUGCCAAAGCCACAGGGGAGAGUAAAAACACCAGGGCUGCAGCUCCUUUAACUAACAUCUUAUUUGUAAAUCAUCUGCCUGAAAACGUGAAAGAGAAACAUCUGAAGAAUGUCUUCAGAAAAGCUGUUCAUAUCAGAAUACCACCAAUGAAGGAGAAACCGAAUCGAUUUGCAUUUGUUGAGUUUGCAACAGUGGCUGAUGCUAAAAAAGCACUGCAGUCGUCCAAGACCAUAAAGAUUUGCAACAAAGCAGCCAAAGUCGAAAUGUGUCGCAACACUUUGCAGCAGGAGGACACUGAAGGCCAGCUGAAAACCCUGUUUGUGGUGGGCCUUGCUGAGAAGACGACUGCAGAAACCCUUCAGAGUGCUUUUGGCGGGGCCAUAAGUGCAAGGGUUGCAGUGCAUAAGAACACAGGAGCGUCAAAAAGGUUUGGUUUUGUGGAAUUUGACAGCGAGGAAAAGUGCAAAGCUGCCAAAGACGACAUGGAGUACUGUGAGAUAGAUGGCAGCAAAGUUACUGUAACCUAUGCAGUAUCCAAGGUUGAAGGUUCAGCUGGACCUCCCAGUGGGCCGCCAUCGGGCCAACAAAGUGGGAAAAACAAAGGUAAAAAACGUGGAACUGGUACAUCCCAGCCUGUGUCUGAAAUAGUUCAAGUCAAAGAUUAACUUCUGCUGGAAGGUUUUUCUCUUGAUGUUCCCUUAUUAGUUUGAGAUCUUCUCCCUGUUGCUUUUUGUAGAACUGUAACAUAUUUCUGAACAGAUCUUUUAAUGUAAAAUGGUGUUCUGGAUUGUAAAGUGUUCACUGUCCAAAUAUGAAAGAUUGCCAAUAAAAACAUAUUCAAAUGAGAA